AGGCGGGACAUUGGGAUUUCAGUACGCCGUACGCUUCUGUAUAAAGCAAGAUAUCUGAUCGGAUCGUGUCUAAACACAUGUAAACACGUCUUGCAAUGUAUUUGUAAACAUGAUCCAAGCGACAAUCUAAAAGGAAUAUAUUGCGACCCUUCAAAAUGAAGGGUCUUUUCCUCGUGGAGCCUGUGGUUGCACUGUACGCGUUCUCCAGUUUUCUCAUCUAUCCUCUUGUGCAGCAGUAUGUGUACCGGAGGCUUUGGCAGGAGCUCACAAACACCACCUAUCCCAUCUCUGACAACGCUUCCAGAUGUGCAGAGAACAGCAACAGCAGCAACCAUUCCAGCUACCACGAGGAGGUACAGAGGCAGGCAUCUCUCUUCUCCCUUUACACAGAGCUCUUCUCCACAAUCCCUUCUUUGGUUGUCACCUUCAUGCUUGUGGCCUAUAGUGACCUGGGAGGACGCAAGAUUACAAUCAUCAUGCCUUUGAUUGGCUCGUUGAUCUACAACUUGGCCUUCCUGACAGUGUCCUACUUUGAGCUCAACGUUUACUUGCUCAUUGGCUCCUCGCUUCUCAGUUCUCUGUUUGGUGGGUUGGGCACAUUUCUAGGGGGCUGUUUCGCCUACGUAGCAGACUUGUGUGAGGAUGGCCGUCAGAAGACUCUGCGCAUGGCUGGAGUGGACAUGAUGAUUGGCCUGUUGUCUGGGGUGGCUUCAAUAUCAUCAGGCUACUUUUUGAGAGCUGCAGGCUUUAACUGGCCUUUCCUAACCUCUGCGUUGUGUCAGUGUUUAAUUCUGCUCUAUGCAAUUUUCAUUUUAGAAGAGACUGUGAAGAAGGCUCCCACUGAUGCUAUUCUUUUAGAUGGGUCUCCUGAGCCCUCAGCCAUAAAACAGAUGAUCUAUGGGGUCUACCACAUGUUUGCUAGGACCAGCCGCCGAAGUAAAACUGUCUUGGUCCUCCUGGUACUCAUCUUCACCAGCUUCUCCUUUGCUUAUAUGGGUGGGAUCUCCUUGAUGACGCUAUAUGAGCUGAAUAAGCCACUGUGCUGGACUGAGAUUUUGAUUGGCUACGGCUCAGCAUUGUCCACCACUGUGUUCCUGACCAGUUUUGUGGGAGUGUCAGCGUUCACAUACUGUGGUGUGCCACAGCUGCUCAUUGUCCUGAUGGGAAUCCUGUCUGUUAUAUCAGGCAUGGUUCUAUUGGCGUUUACUAAGACCACUUUACUGAUGUUUUUAGUGAGGGUGCCAAUGCUUCUGUCUAUCAUGCCUUUCCCUGUUCUGCGCUCCAUGAUAUCAAAGAUCAUCUCAAAGUCUGAGCAGGGAGCCCUGUUUGCCCUUCUUUCCUUCCUGGACAGUUUAACUACCAAUGUAUCGGUCGCAGUCUUCAACAGCGUCUAUGCUGCUACAGUGGCAUGGUACCCUGGCUUCGUCUUCCUGUUGUCGGCAGGACUCUGUGUCAUCCCUUUGUUUGUCCUAGGGGUGGUGGGUCUGAUAGGAGUGGAUGUUGCAGAAGAGGUCAAAAACCCAGAGUUUGUCUUCUCAGGGGAGGAUGAUCUUGUUGAAGAGCCGAAAGAAAACAGUCCUCUUCUUAGCUGAGCCACAUGGAUGGCCAAAACCUCACCAGCACUUUGUUUUUCCUUUAGUUAUGUAUUACACUUUCUCUUAAUGACUCUUGUCAAGUAAAAAGUGUAAGAUAGAGAUUAAUCAGGUGUUGCUGGGGUUGUUUGUACUAUUGAACUUGAAUAUUAUGUGGAUACAACAGGGAGUUUUAGGCAAGUUUUGUUUAGGAGUUUAAUAUUGUUAGAUUAGAUAAUGUCAAGAUGGUAGCAUAAAUAGGAUAUAAAGCAGGGAUGGGAUGUUAAGUGAGGUGCAUCCAAUAUAACAGGUCUUCCAUGAAAAAUGGAAUACAUUAUUUUACCUCCAAAUGGCCUGACUGUGACAAACGCAUUCAAAAGGAUGUGGUUUUACUGUGUGACUUGAUUUGCAGUUUUAAAACUUCACAUUUUAGAUUUGUUACGGAGUUUGAAUUGAUUCAUAUAUGUCCUACCUUUUGUCUAUUUGUCUCUCAAUUUUAGUGCAUUGUUAGUUAAUGCCUUCAUGAAGAGCUUCACUGUCACUUGUUUACUAUAUACAUUUUCUUAUAUAAGAAAUCUUCAAUUGCAUUUUAUUAAUACAACUCACAUUAAGGAAUACAGGAACAUGUUAUUUCUUUGUGUCUAUCCUUUAUUGUGCCAUAAUGUUUAAGUUAAAGCAGGAUUACAUUUUAGAUAUUGUCUUAGGUGUAUGCUUAUGUCUAAGUACUUAAAAAAACAACAACAAAUGAAUAAAAGAAAUGCUUAUUUAUUUA